GACCGGGCGCGGAGCCAUGGCCGAGGGCGAGGACCUGCAGACCUUCACCUCCAUCAUGGACGCGCUCGUCCGCAUUAGCACCAGCAUGAAGAACAUGGAGCGGGAGCUGGUCUGCCCGGUGUGCAAGGAGAUGUACAAGCAGCCGCUGGCCCUGCCCUGCACGCACAAUGUCUGCCAUGUCUGUGCCAGCGAGGUGCUGCUGCAGCACGGCUACCUCUGCUGUGACCCCACCUCUGAGCCCUCCUCGCCUGCUGCCACCCCUGCCACCCGUAGCCCUCGCCUGGGGCGCCGGGCCAUCCCCAAGCCUGACCGCCUCGACCGCCUCCUGAAGUCAGGCUUUGGCACCUACCCGGGGCGCAAGCGGGGCACCGUGCACCCCCAGACCGUCAGCUUCCCCUGCCCUGCCUGCCAGCGGGACGUGGACCUGGGCGAGCGGGGCCUGGGCAGCCUCUUCCGCAACCUGACGCUGGAGCGGGUGGUGGAGCGCUACCGCCAGACCAUCAACAUCAGCGCUGCCAUCAUGUGCCAGUUCUGCAAGCCCCCGCAGCUGGAGGCCACCAAGGGCUGCACCGAGUGCAAGUCCAGCUUCUGCAAUGAGUGCUUCAAGCUAUAUCACCCCUGGGGCACCCAGAAAGCCCAGCAUGAGCCCACGCCCCCCACCCUCACCUUCCGCCCCAAGGGGCUGAUGUGCCCAGAGCACAAGGAGGAGGUGACUCACUACUGCAAGACCUGCCAGCGGCUGGUGUGCCAGCUCUGCCGCGUGCGACGCACUCACACCAGCCACAAGAUCACCCCGGUGCUCAGCGCCUACCAGGCCCUCAGGGAGAAGCUGACAAAGAGCCUCGCCUACAUCCUGAGCAGCCAGGACACGGUGCAGACCCAGAUUGCUGAGCUGGAGGAGACGGUGAAGCACACAGAGGUGAAUGGCUCACAGGCCAAGGAGGAGGUGUCGCAGCUGAUCCAGGGGCUGUGCGCCAUUCUGGAGGAGAAGCGGGCAACCCUGCUGCAGGCGAUCGAGGAGUGCCAGCAGGAGCGGCUGGCCAGCCUGCACUGCCAGAUCCAGGAACACCAGGCCAUGCUGGAGAACUCGGGCAUGGUGGGCUAUGCCCAGGAGGUGCUGAAGGAAACCGACCACCCCUGCUUUGUCCAGGCUGCCAAGCAGCUGCACACCAGGAUCCUCAGGGCCACCGACUCACUGCAGAGCUUCCGUCCUGCAGCCACAGCCUCCUUCAGCCACUUCCAGCUGGACGUCAGCAGGGAGCUGAAGCUGCUCACCGACCUGGCCUUCAUGCGAGCGCCCGAGGCCCCCGUCAUCGAUACACAGCGCACCUACGCCUACGACCAGAUCUUCCUGUGCUGGCGGCUGCCGCAGCACUCGCCACCCGCCUGGCACUACACGGUGGAGUACCGCAAGACGGACACCAAGGCCAAGGGGCUGAAGCUGUGGCAGCGGCGGGAGGAGGUGCACGGCACCAGCGCCCUUGUGGAGUACCUGGACACCGACAGCGUCUAUGUGCUCCGAGUGAAGGGCUGCAACAAGGCGGGCUUUGGGGAGUACAGUGAGGACAUCUACCUGCACACGCCGCCUGCCCCAGUCCUCAACUUCUUCCUGGACAACCGCUGGGGCUUCAACCGGGACCGGCUGGCCAUCAGCAAGGACCAGCGGGCUGUGCGCAGCGUCCCCGGCAUCCCCAUGCUCUUCGCCGCUGAGCGCCUGAUGACCAGCUGCCACCUCUCCAUCGACCUGGUCAUUGGUGACGUGGCCAUCACGCAGGGCAAGAGCUACUGGGCCUGCUGCGUGGACCCCAGCUCCUACCUGGUCAAGGUGGGCGUGGGGCUGGAGAGCAAGCUGCAGGAGUGGUUCCAGGUGCCGCAGGAUGUGGUGAGCCCCAGGUAUGACCCCGACAGCGGUCAUGACAGUGGGGCAGAGGACACGACGGUGGAGGCACCCCCGCCCUAUGCUUUUCUCACCAUUGGCAUGGGCAAGAUCUUGCUCUCGCACGGGUCGGCGCUCACCUCUCGCGACCCCAAUGGCUGCACCGUGCCCUUGCCCCCGCGCAUUGGCAUCUGCCUGGACUACGAGCAGGGCAAGGUGAGCUUCUAUGAUGCCGUCUCCUUCCGCGAGCUCUGGGAGUGUGGUGUGGACUGCUCGGGGCCCGUCUGCCCUGCCUUCUGCUUCAUCGGAGGGGGUGCCCUGCAUCUCCAGGAGCUGGUGGCCAACAAGCAGGAGCGUAAAGUGACCAUUGGGGGCUUCGCCAAGCUGGAUUGAGCCGUGCCCGUGCUCCCCGCAUGCGCGCCGGCUGUGACCCCCAAUUGCCCAGCGAGCUCCAGGGCCUGGGGGGGACAGGAGCAAGCAGGGAGCA